AUGGAGCUCUUCUAUCUGGAAGAGAAUACCGAAUAUUCCACAUCGGCAGCAAGCCAUGCUGCACCUGGAGAGCAGGAACAAAUGGCCACCAACUAUAACAGCCUGCUGCGACAGCAACUCCUGGGCCUUCCUUCGAGAGCACACACAUACAAUACUGUGGUGAAGAAACGUAAAGUCCGUGCCAAAGGCCGCCGACCAAAAGAGCCGCAUACUGUCCGACGUCGAUCCGGAAACACUUCCCCGUUGGCAACCGCCAGCCGCACUUACUCCAACAUGAAUCCCAUGACUUUGCUGGGAUCUGGACGUCUCGAUCCCUUCAACGUAUAUCCUCAAGACAACUUACCGCACUUCCUGCAUUCUGUACUCGAUCAUACGCUCAACCAUGUCUUAAACGCCUACCUUGUCAGCGAACAGCCUCAGCAUGGCCACAAAAUACGGUCUGUCCUCAUGCAGGAGGUCAUGUCCGACCCGCUGACAUGGUACCCCGUCAUGAUGUCUGGCAUCACCCACUACGCCUUUGUGCACGCCCAAUCUCGGGCGCAAGGUUCUCCAGACGACCUACAAGCCAGCAGAUCGCAUCGUUUGCUCCGACUUUCCUACAAAACGCAGACGAUGGCACACGUUCGCGCUGACCUUCAACGCAACAAUGGCGUUCCGUCCGAUGCAGCGCUUCUGGCGAUCUCCACCUUGAUUGCGCACGGAUCUUCCGCCAGCGAUGAGCUUGCUUUUACGCAGGUUCAUGAGCCCGCGCAGAUGCGGAAGGCGUUUGGCAAAGGAACUGACAUGCAUUAUUACAGCAGUGUGAGCUUCGAAUACGCGCACUGGUUCUCUCUUGUUCGCUACGUCAACAAGCAGCGCGGUGGGUUACAAGGACUACAUUGGCCAAUCAUGCAGCAGGCCAUGUUACUUGUGGAUGGCACAGUUGCGUGGCGGCGUCUUGAGGCUCCAAACUUUGUUUCCAUGGCACCGACGAGCGUCUUUAUCGGUAUGGCGGUGCACACUCCAGACGACGAAGCGAACGCUCAGAUGAGAAGGAUGUUGGGUGGCCUUCCGCUCGUUUGGAGGACAAGUCCCGAGCAGCCCUUCGCAGGCCUGUAUCAGUGUCUGCAGCAUAUGAGGACGCUAGUGGUCAGGUACAACCAGUAUCAGCGCAGGCUGACCUCCCGAAGAGCUGGAGCGAAGCCAGACCUGAAUCUGAUCUUUUACACAAGGUGUCUGAUCAUACACGAUAUCCUGGAGCUACCCGUGCUACCAACGCAGGGCGCCGGCAUGAGCGGAAUCUACGAGGUGGUCAGACACGCCGCACUGGCCUUCAUGCAGCUGGUCCUCUUCCCCAUCGCAAGUUCCAACGACACCCCCCGGAAACUGCUGCAGCAGAUGCUCCCGCUCUUGAAAACCUGUUGCAAAUCCCUGGCGGACGACACCACGGACCCAGACCUUUACCACCGUAGUAGCGCGACGCAAAAACCGAAGGAGGACAACAACAACAUCACCGUGUCCGGCAGUCUGAUGCUCUGGGCCUGGAUGCUAGCCGGCAUGCUCGCCUUAGAACAUCUACAAACGAAACAAGAAUAUCACUUCAUGGAUGAGCUAUCCCCAUUCGUGGAACACAUGGCCAUCAAGCCCGCGAAAUCGUCGUGGUCCAUGGUCAAGUGCGUGAUGGAGACGUUUCUGUGGCUGGAGAGCGAGUGUGACGGUGUGGGGCAGCAGUGGUGGAACUAUGCGUGCUUGUGGUACGACGCGAGGGGGAGAGAACGGAAGGAGAUCUCGCAGGCCUCCGUUGGCUGA